AUAGAAAUGGGUUUGCCUUCUUCUCUAAAUCCAUGCCUUCUUUUGACCUUCCUUUGUCUUCUCAAUGUCUCCACCAUUAACUCGAAGCCAUCAAAAGGAGAAUCUGUGCUUUUUGGCGGGAAUUUUCAGGCUUUGUAUGUUAUAGGAGAUUCAUUGGUUGAUUCAGGGAACAAUAACAAUCUUGCGACGUCUGUCAAAUCAAAUUUUGCUCCUUACGGUUCAGACUUUGAAGGAGGACCCACCGGUCGUUUUAGCAAUGGCAAAACGAUCGCUGAUUACAUUGCUAUUUAUUAUGGGCUUCCUUUGGCUCCUGCUUAUAAGGGAUUAUCAGAAGAACAAAAGAACAAUAUCUCAACUGGUAUUAAUUAUGCUUCUGCUAGUUGUGGGAUUUUUAAUGAUACAGGAAAGCUAUUGGGAGAAUGUCUCUCGUUGAGUGUCCAAGUCGAUCUAUUCAAAGAAACCAUCGACAAUAAUCUGAACAAAAUGUUUAAGACGAAGUCAGAGCUCACUAACCACUUGGCUAGAUCGUUGUUCAUGACAGCCAUUGGAAUUAACGAUUACGCUUUCUACUAUAAUACGACAACUACCGAUCCAAAUGAAUUCGCAGACAAGCUUCUUAAUGAUUUCUUGAUACAAAUUCAGAGAUUGCAUGGGUUAGGAGCUAGAAAGUUCUUCAUCAACAACCUUAAACCAUUAGGAUGUUACCCAAACAUAAUAGCUAAAACAGGUGGAAGCUGCUACGAAAGUUUAAACCUGGCGGUUGCCAAUUACAACGCCAAGCUAAGGAAAAGCCUGACUCAUUUGAAGGAGAAAUUAUCCGACACUUCUUUCUUAUAUUCAGAUUACUUCAAUUUCAUGUUGGGACUUCGAGGACCUUCGACCAAUCAAGUUAGUUCGAAUCUAAUGAACUCGACAAGCCCUUGUUGCCCUAGCGUUUAUGAUGGAGGUAGAAGGACGAGUUGCACGCCAGGAUCAAGCUCGUGCAAAGUACCAGAUACACAUAUUUUCUUCGAUCCAUUUCAUCCGACUCAAUUGGCGAAUUUCAUGUACUCGAUUGGAUGCUUCCAGCAGAGAAAGUUUGCAAAGUUGUGUGAGUAAAUAAAUUUAACUUUACUCAGCAACAAUCUUAAGAAAAUUACAACUUUACUUGUUUCUGUCGUUGUUUAUUUUGCUCUCAUGAUCAAUAUGUUUCGGAACAUUUGUGUACCUAACCUUAACGUUUUAGAAUAUUUGUCAAU